AUGCGGGGGGUGGGGUUUGCGAGGUGGGGGUUGCGAGGUGGGGGUUGCGAGGUGUAUAGGAUUAUGUCCUACCAAGUAUGUUUGAGUCAAGUUUUGAAAAUUCAAGAUAAUAAAUUUUUCUCAAGCCAGAGUGAGUCGAGAGAGACGACAGACGACAGACGACAGACGACAGAGAGACGAGAAAGACGAAGAGAGACGACAGAGAAGAAAGAGACACCGUGGGAUAGCAUCACUAGCACCCCCUCUUCCCCGUCACACCAUCACCACUCCCUCUUCCCCGUCACAUCACUAUUUCCUUCCCCGUCACAAAAAAAAUCCGAAAAAUGCACCUUUUUCCAUCUCAAAAGCUCACUCUUCAGAGACUUUUUUUCUCCCACCGAGCGCGCUCUCUCAUUCCUCCAGGUGCUGCGUCGUUGCGACAAUAUCCCAUGCCUUCCCCCCUCCGCUUCCCAGGAGGUUUUUUUUGGGCACGUGGAGGGGUCUACUCUUCAAGACCGACGACAGAGAACAUACUCUUGA